AUGUCAUCGUUUGUUUGGGUCAGUGCAAUAUUUGACAGCGAAGAAGGAACGCGGAGAAAGGAAUGGUCAACAAGUUAUCUACCUACGAUCAGACUACCAUUUAACCCCCAUGCCUUGGGAGAUGUUGUGACAUCCUUUCGUAAUACCCUACAUGACAAUGCCACUGCCGGAGUUUUCACAAUUGGUAUGUUCUUAGCUUUUUACUUUCUUUUAAUAUUCCUUCAGCUCCUUCGAGGAGGCUGUCAGGGCUGGGCUGGGCUGUUGGCGCUGGCCUGCUGGGCUUCCCAUGGUGCCUUUAGUUCAAGAUUCAGUAGCUCACUAAGCUCAGGCAUGUGUGGAAGGCAAACUGUUGAGAGUUUUUGAACGAGAAAUUUAUCUUGACAGUUUAAAGUGAUGAUGUCACAAGUGAUACAAGAGACGUGAUCCCGCAUGGGUAGUUCAGGGACGAAUGUGUUAAGGAGACAAUAAUAUUGCAUGAGAUGAACAGUUUAUAAUAAAGUUUAUAUUUUAUAUAAUUUCAUAACGCACCAUAAUCUACGAUUAGUGUUAGUAAUAAUUUUAUUAUGUCUUUGUAAUUCUUAGUAGAAUUUGCAUUUUUUUUAAUUCCAAGCGGAAGCACAAAUUGCAUAAAUAGCAAUACUUAAUGGUCAGAAAACCAUUAACAUAUUUUUAAUGAGGUGAAUUGUAUGUUCUUAACAGCAGGAAUGCUACUUGCCCUCCAUUAUGAGAUGGUGGUAGAUGUCUUGGGAUUCUGCCCUCUACCUGUAGUGUGUGCAGUAAAUAGAUUAGGAAAGACAAAAUCAGCAAAGGGGGCCCUAAGUCUUAUUGGAAACCAGGCAAACUUCUUUUCAGCAGUAAAAGACAGAUUUAUUCCAAGACUCUGUAGCCGGUCAACAUUGCCACCUGUCUUGGAUGACAUAAAGAGUCCUAAAGUAAUUGAAGAAGUUGCUGUCUCUUUUUACAACUGUGGCAAGGAUGGGACUUGUUUGCUGGAAACAGCACCACGAACAUGUCCCAUACUUACUGUCAACUGGGAAACAUUAGACGGACUAAAUAGAGAUCCCAGGUGAGUGGAACAUAUGGUUAAUGCCACCAUGUUUUGUUGUUAGCCAGGCGUAACUAUUGUCGACCCACCAUUAAUUCUCGUUUGGUGGAAGAUUUAAUACAUGCAGCAAAAUUAUUGGUACUUGGGUAAUAUAUAUGUUGACGGUUAAUUUGUUUCUUAGGUCAAUCUGUUUUCAACCUAGGUUAGUUUGUUCCAGACCAGGUUACUGAGGUCUAAAGGUGUAUUUUUGAUCAUCCUACAUUAGUCAAACGUGUUCAAAACGACUUGCAGUUACAUUUAAGUAUACCUCAACAAGUUUUAAAAGGGGCUUAACUUUCCUUUUGGUUUUUUGAAUGACACAUUAAGUUAGUAUUAUUUGAGUUAUGGGUCAGUAUAGUGAUCACUUUUUUACUCAUCAAUUUAGGGUUUUUGGACGCCUAGUUCUGAUACCAUUUAUUGAAGGAAGAAGAAGCCCAAAUGGGAUAGAGGCGCAACAAGUUGCUGAAGCUGAGGCAGAAAUUCGAUUUGCAAAUGCCUCGAGUGCCAUUGGCUUAAUGGUAGGGUUCAGUAGAGCUGUCGAUCAUCUUUGCAAAACGAGAUGCAAAGAUAUCAUCAAGCAGAUCAGCCAAGAAAUGCCUGACCUAGAUGACAGAUGCAGUAAAAACUAUGCCCUGUUGAUCAGCUUUGCCGAAAAGGUAAAGAGAAAUAAUUAGCAAUAAUUGUUAUUAUUAUUAUUAUUUAAGAGCUUCAUAUGGUCUUCUAUUAUAACAUUGAAAUCAAUGUCUCUUCUUUGGAGUCUGUUUACUGAGAGUAGCUGAUGAAAACAAUAUUUAACCUUAAACAUCCCAUUCAGGUUUUGGAACUGGCAGAAGUAGAAGAAAUGGAACCAAGUUUGGCGCUGUCCUUUUUUAAAGAAGUUAUGUACCCCUAUGCCAUUAAAGACUACCAGGUUGAAUAUAGUGUGGCCUCUACACAUGCCUCCGAGUCAGGUGAACCACUGAUUGUGGAUUUGCUCGUAAAAUGCAUCAAUAUCUACAAGAUUCCAAGAGAACAGGCAAGUUUUGAAAACUAACAUCGAAUCAAAAUAAUUAAAUAUGAUUGACACACACAUAGCAAUUAGCACUACAGUCAUGCAAAUAGCAUGCUCGUAACAGCCAACAUGCCUGAAUGAUGAUUCUAUUAGUGGAAUUGAUUACCACAACAACUAUCAUCACCAUCAUAUUAUAAUCAUCAUUCUUAACAAUCCCCUAUUCCCUGGGCCGGAAGGAUCUUUCUGCUAAACAGUAUUCAUUAUUAGCAUCAUCCUUGUUUAUUAGUUGUAGACUUUGUUAUUAAUACUAAUAUUAUUUGUUCUGUCUGUAUCCCCUCUUCAGAUGCUUACGUGUGUCAAUCCAGAGGUCAUGUUUAAGCUCAACUCUGUUAGACACCGUGGAGCGGCAGUUGCUCUUAAGUGGCUGUUUGCAACCAUCAGAAACUUUGGAGGGACCCCACCACCCGAGGACAAGACAAGGCAGGAAAUUCGCACCCUGGAUAUUGGUCUGGUAGGGGACAAGAAGCAAUACUUUAACAAAUAUGCAAAUGGCAAAAAAAUCUCAAGAGCUGCAGGUGGUGUAGAAAUCCAGUCGAAGUCUUGUGUAACAGUUAAACACUCAGCAUUUGGAGCUAACAGCUGGGAAGUCUUCUGUGAAGGU